AUGUAAAGAGCGUAAUCUGCAGCACCUAAUUUCGAUUUUCCUAUGGAGGAUAUGUUUAAAAUAGCAACUAGAUAAACAUCAGCUUUUGGAAUUGAGGGAUACGAAGCCCCAAAAAAGUACGUUGAUCCAAUUAAAUAAAUGGAAGAUAGAAAAUUCUUAACUUAGAAGAAAGGUUAAAAAAAUAGAAAUCAUGUCACAAAAAGAGGUCAUUAUUUGGAAGACUUGUAAAAGCUAUAUGAGAAGUUACCUGCACCGAACAAGUACGAUAUUGUUAAGCCGUGGGUUCCAUUAAAAUAGGAAGGAAGAGUCAAGAGUGCUCCUCAGAAGAGAUGCACAUUUAUAGACUAAAUAUUCAAAGAAGCAAAAGUAAGAGGAGUUCCUGGAGCAGGUAAAUACAAUGUGAUACCAACUCUCGAAGAGGUUUUGAAAUAAGUGGAAGAAGAUAAGAAAAAAAAAAUAACACCUGUUGAAAGACCAACUUAUUUAAAUGAAAUUUAACAUUUAGCUGUGAUCAAUCCAGGUCCUGGAAAUUAUAAUCCUCAUAGAAUUGAAAAAAAGCUAAAAAUAAAUGAGACUAAGCCAUCUGAUCAAAUUGCCAAGCACAAAGAAUAAGACAGAAAGAGAGGCAAAUCAUGUUUACCCGAUAUUGGUACCUACAAUCCAGAACCAGUUGAAUACAUAUCAUUUAACAAGUUGUAAUAGCUUUCAAAGAAGAAGGACAAGUCUGAUAAGCAUAAUUUUGGAAAAGAAGAUAGAUUUAAGGAUCCAAAAAAAACAAAAUCCAAAUAAGUUCCAGUUCCAGGUCCAGGAUAGUAUCCUAUGAUUGUGUAAUGGGCUGGCAAAGAGAAAGAUAAAAAUAAUCCCAAAAAAAAGAAUUAUUUGGAAGUUACCACAAGAGGGAUUUCUCGUUCAAUAUAUUAUUGAAUUAAACUUUGUUAAUUAUUUAAUUUUUCAUUAUACAAAA